AAACAUAAUGAUGAUAAACCAAAAACUAUAUCACAGUCUUUAUCAGACAUUCCUGUGCUGCCCAAAGUUUCUACGGAAGUAAUGCGUAUGGCUCGUGAAAGACAUCAGAAGGGACUGAUGCAUCCUUACAUAUUUCAGAUUCUAACGCAGGGCGAAAUAAAAAUUCCUGUUAUGUUUGAUGAUGAAUCUGGCAGAGAGCUCCCAUCUCCAGGUCUUUUAUAUCGGCCAUUACGCCAAAUGAUUUAUGCGCUUCUUUUUAACCAGCAUCAUCUACAGUAUUUAGCUGAACAAAAAAAAGAGAAAGAAGGCAUUGAAGAAAAAGUGCCUGACAUAUUCAUCAAAGAAUGGAUAUGGUCCAAGUCUAACAAAUAUAACAAACCUGACCUCGUGCCUUCCAUGCCUUUGGGAUGGCCAGUUCCCACUGUAUCACGUCUAUGGUUUGGAUCCGGUCCAGAUGAUAAUAAGAAGCGUUUGCAAGCUUUUCUCACUUGUAUGCGAAGUAAUACACCCUUAAUGUGUGAUCCGAUGUUUGUUCCUCGUCAUUUAAUAUUACUUUGCUGUGUUGUGCGGUAUAUAAUUACAAGUGCUGACAUGCCCUUCCUGUACAAACAUGAGUUAGAUGCAUUUCUUGUUCAAGCUAUGGAUCCUCAUUUGAUGGAUAUAGAAUAUACUCAGAAAUUAGAAGUGCCACUGAUUACACCAAGAGGCAUAAUGCUUGCAGCUAUAUUCAUGCAGGGUGUUGAGCAUGCUUUGAUUGCUAAUGAUGCUUGUGGUGCUCCAAUAUCUUGGUUGAUGUGUUGUCCUUGGUUGUUUUUUGAUGGCAAACUAUUUCAUCGUAAAUUGCUCAAGGCUAAUGGUGCCAAGAAUCUUUUGGAUCUGUGUGAUAACAGAUAUGACGAAGUGGCUGCUGUGGAGCAGAUGAGAAGUGCAAUAGUUGAAGGCCUUGCUGUGAAAUUUCUCACACCCCCAAUGCCUACAUCACACAGGCCACAACAUAUGCCCUUUCCUAACUUUCCAGUACCUGUCCAGCCAGGUUCACAAGGCCGAGGUAGAGGUCAUCAACGUGUUGUGCCUCGUGGUGGUCAAUUGGAAGUAGCUGGGGUUGUUGUUGGAAGCUGGGGCCCAAACUAUGGUCAGGGGCCUAGAUCACCGAGCCGUAGUAUACCUCCUCAGAUUGUGUCAGUUGGUGGAGUUGGAAGAGGACGACCAGUACCUAACCAUGCUGCUGGAAGGGGAGCUGCUGUUGCUAGGGGAUAUUCUCCUCCAGCUAGACCAAGAGUCUCCUCACCUCCAGCUAUUGAAAGGAGCUCACAGCCUCUAGGCAUGGGCAGAGGUUCACUGCUUUUACAGGGUGCUAAAACUAAUUCUCCUAAAUUGCAGGAUUUAGAAAUUUGAAAUAAUACUAUCCAGACGAUGAGGAAGAAGUAUGACAUCACUGAACUGUGUUCUUUGAAUCAUGUAUUUUGAUGAGGAAAAGGUUGACAAAGAAGUAGAAUGUUUUCAUAUGCCCUAAAUUAAUGUGUAAUAUGCAUUAAUGUAUGGCUAACGCAAGUAGUUUGGCAUUUAAACAGAGAUUUUACAGUAUUAGGUAAUACUGCAGUGGUUAGAGAUGGCCCUAAAUCCUUAAGCACCUUUCAUUUGAUCAUUUUACUAUUGGGAUCUUUCUCAAGUGAAAAUUUCAUUUUUUAGACGUUAUGAUUAUCUGUGCUUAUAAUUUGGCAAAUAUGCAGGUUAAAAGAACUUCUUGUAACCAUAUGGUAUAUAUAUGAGACAUAUUUUUCUAUGUAUGUUGGGUUGAGAGUAAUGACAGAAAAACAUUUCAUAUUUACCUUUUGACUAAUGAUCUUAAAUUCAAAGUCCUUGUGUAUUGUAGCGAAUGCUGUCACACCACUGCAUAGCAAAAUCAAUAUUGUGAAGCAAAUAUUUAUUCUUUAUGAAAAUUAGACACUUGAAGUCAUAUUUACAAUUAAGAUGUCUUCUUUUGCUUGCUUUUGAUUGAAGUAAAAAAAAAAAAAAAAUGUUACUCUUUAUAAAUGUUUUAAUGUGUUAAAUAAUCAUAGUGUUUGUACAUCUCAAUGAAGCUUGUAAUUUGUUUCAUGGUAGGCUUUGUACCAUAAAUUUUGAUUAGUAAUGUAUUGCUAAUUAAAUUACAUUUUAAACUCUGAAUGGACCAGUAUGUUGUGUGAAGUUGUUUUUGGAAAUAUAAAUAAAAAGGUUUCAGUAUAUGUAUUCUUACUGAUUUUUUAAUUUAAAAAAGGCUAGUGUAUUUUUGUGUGCUCAUCACUGAAUAAAAGGGGCAAAACAGAAAA